AUGUACUCUAUUCGUGACAAGAAAGCGAGUUGGGAAGCACCUCAGUGCCAGUUGAAUGAGCAGACUGCUAUUAGAAGUUUUGCGUUCCGCCUUGCUCUUCCUCAGAGCGAGAUUGGUUUUGCCCCUCAGGACUAUGAUCUUUAUGAAGUCGGGUCUUUUGACGUUGACAAUUUGCCCUCCGCGCAGAGAGGUAACCCCGUUUCUCUUGCCCUCGGCAAUUUUGAUCUUGAGGUACAUGCUGGAGAUAAUUUUGCUAUUGGUUCUGAUCCGAAGGCUAGUUAUCACACUUUGAGCAAUCAAGGUCCUUCUUUUUAUCUUGGUCGUCUUUGCAAGACUGAUACUCAGAUUGGCAAAGUUGUAACUUCUUCUAGCGAGGUUCCUGCAUCUACUACCGUUAAUCCUGCUGAGUAUGCCUUGUUCCAUCUUGGUAAUACUGCUCCCACUGUUACCUCCGGUGCUUCUUAUGAUUUCGUUAAUCCGAAUAACCUGCAUGCUGUUGGUUCUGUUGGUUCUGUGACGGUCAAUGAUCUUCGACUUGCGUUCCAGAUGCAGAAAUAUUUUGAAAAACUGGCUUUGUCCGGUUCCAGAUUCCCGGAAAUCCUUCUUGGUCAAUGGGGCGUCGUUUCCCCUGACGCCUCCAUUCAGCGCCCCGAGUAUCUCGGCGGUACUCGUAUUCCGCUUAAUGUUCAGCAGGUUUCCAAUAAUGCCCAGACUGAUACAGAUUUCCUCGGCGAUGUCGGUGCAAUGAGCGUCACAUCUGAUGUAUCCGAUGUCAUUAGCAAGUCUUUCACCGAACCCGGUUAUCUGUAUGUCCUUGCUGUUGUGCGAUAUGAUCACACGUACAAGCCCAAUCGUUACUCUGCCGAGAUGAAGCCUGGUAUUCCGAAUUCUCUCGCCUCUUGGCACCUUGGUGACUACUACACUGAGCCUCCCACUUUGAGCGCUGGAUGGAUGCAAGAAGAUAAGACGAACGUAGAUCGCGUACUUGCUGUUACUUCUGCU